AUGGCGGGGGGCAUCGAGACGUGGUACUAUGGACUGCCGUAUGUCACGCGUUUCUACCUUUCCGUGUGCAUUGGCUCGACAGUGCUCAGCACACUGGGCUUCCUGAACCCGCAUUCGAUCUACCUGGACUUUGACCUCGUGUGGCAGCGCUUCCAGCUCUGGCGCCUCACCACGUGCUUCAUGUACCUUGGCAGCUUUAGCUUCUCGUUCCUCAUGCAGCUCAUGAUCCUGACGAACUACUCGUCUCGACUGGAAGAGGACCCCUUCCCAGGCGGUGGCGGACCUACUGCUGACUACGCGUUCAUGCUAUUCUUUGGAGCUGCUGUGUUGUGGGUGAUGGCAUUCUUCAUGGAGCUACCGUUCCUGGGUUCGUCCCUCAUCUUUAUGAUCGUCUACGUCUGGAGUCGGAGGAAUCCGACGGCGCCUGUCGCAGUCUGGGGUUUCCGCUUUGAAGGUUUGUAUCUGCCGUGGGCACUGAUCGCCUUCACUGUACUCGUCGGUGGCAACCCGAUGACGGACAUUCUUGGAGUUGUAGCCGGUCACUUAUAUUACUUCCUGCUGGAAGUGUUGCCAGCGACCAAGGGCUGGAACGUGCUGCAGACUCCUGCCGUGUUCACGAACCUGUUUCCGUCCGUGCAAACUCCUGGUGCUUCUGUCCCGAUCAUUGGUGCGCGAGGACCCGCUGGCCGUGGCGCGGUUCCUCAGGGAGGCGGCUAUGCGUGGGGUAGUGGAAGACCGUUGGGCUCGGAUUGA